GUUGACCAUUGACUUUUCCAGUAGCAUCUCCCGGUCAAACCAACCAUCUCGCAUCUCCUUUCUCCCACCCCACCAUCCUCAGACUUUCGGAGCAUCCCAAAACAUCCGGAGCCCAAUCGCUCAACAAAAGCGCAGAGAUCAGCACGAGACAGCCGCGCCGCAGGCGCCCGGAUUCCUUUCGGUAAGCCGCCCGAAUCCGCCGCCUGCAGCUGCGGGAUUCGCUCCUGCCGGAUCAGGCUGCUCUUCAAACGGCGCAGAUCCAAGAAACGCACUCCGGUUCGUUCUUCGUCUUGCUACGUUGCUUUUGUGUGCUAAUAACUAUGCGCGAGCGAUUGCCGGAGUGGAACGUUGGGCCCGGAUAGAUUAGUCAGGCGGGCCCGAGCGGUGGGUCGAGUUUGAUGCUCCCAGCCUGCUAAGGAUCACUGCGAAAUAAGCCUCUGAUUCGGCUAGGCGGCUCUUGAAAUGAUGGAGGAGGAGCAAUCAGCUACGUAUACUGUGGAUGACGCACUCCUGUCAUCAGGUUUCGGGAGGUUCCAAAUAUUGAUUCUUUCCUAUGCUGGGAUUGGCUUAAUUGCAGAAGCAAUGGAGAUGAUGCUGCUAUCAUUUGUUGGUCCAUCAGUACAGCUAGAAUGGAAGCUUACUUCUCAUCAGGAAAGCAUGAUUACAAGUGUUGUUUUUGUUGGAAUGCUGAUAGGAGCUUACUCGUGGGGUGUGGUUUCAGACAACUACGGAAGGAGGAGAGGGUUUCUCUUUACAGCCAUCGUGACGAGCGGAGCUGGAUUCUUGAGUGCUUUUGCUCCUAACUAUCUGUCAUUGAUAUCUCUAAGAUUUUUAGUUGGUAUUGGCUUGGGGGGAGGACCUGUUCUCGGAUCUUGGUUCUUGGAAUUUGUUCCUGCUCCAACUAGAGGAACUUGGAUGGUGGUCUUUUCUGCAUUUUGGACUGUUGGGACCAUCUUCGAGGCUUCUCUUGCAUGGACAGUUAUGCCCAAGUUUGGCUGGAGGUGGUUGUUGGCACUAUCGGCUGUUCCAUCUUUCAUCCUGCUCCUAUUUUAUCCUAUCACGCCAGAGUCACCAAGAUUCCUAUGCAUGAAAGGCAGAGUAACCGAGGCUGUGGAGAUACUGGAGAAAAUGGCAAGAUUAAACAAUGUGCAGCUCCCUUCUGGCAAGCUUGUUUCUAACACGAGCAUUGAGUUAGACGAGGUUUCGAGAUCUUCCGAGUCCGCAACACUUCUGGCUGGUGCAGAAGAAAAUGACCACAUCAAUGAAAAUGAAGGUUCCAAUUUUGGAGGUAUUAAGUCCGUUGGCAAGCUACUUGCACCAAAACUGAUCAGAGCAACUCUGCUUCUGUGGAUGGCUUUCUUUGGAAAUGCGUUUUCCUAUUACGGGAUUGUUCUGCUGACAUCAGAGCUAAGUAAUGGAAACAGGAUAUGUGCAAAAGAGGAGGUUGAAUCCGUACACUCAAAUAAUGCAAGCCUCUAUAAGAAUGUUUUCAUAUCCAGUUUUGCUGAGAUUCCAGGGUCGUUUCUAUCGGCCAUGAUCGUGGAUAGAUUCGGUCGGAAGCUUUCGAUGGCUUUGAUGCUCUUCACUAGCUGUGUUUUCUUAUUCCCUCUAGUGUUUUCCCGGACAGAGACACUAACAAGAAUCUCCCUGUUUGGUGCCCGGCUGUGUAUAUCUGCUAGCUUCACCAUUGUAUACAUAUAUGCACCGGAGAUCUACCCAACCUCGGUGAGAACAACGGGCAUCGGCAUCGCGAGCUCGGUGGGCAGGAUCGGAGGCAUCCUCUGCCCGCUCGUCGCCGUUGCCCUGGUGCACGGCUGCCAGCAGACGACGGCAAUCCUGCUCUUUGAGCUUGUAAUCUUCCUCUCCGGCUUGGCCGUCUCGUUCUUCCCAUUCGAGACAAAGGGCUGUAAACUCAACGAUACCGAGGUCGAUAUGAAUUGAUGAGGUGUUGUACUGCGCGAACUUUUUUUUGUGUGACGAGAACACGGGGAUGCCUUACUGAUUCAACAUUUUUCAACACGAUGUUAACGAUGAUGUUUUGGUCA